AUGAGUAACAAUGAAGUAUUCAGGCUCAGGAAAGAGCUUGAGCUUAUGAAGGAAAAGUAUGAGGAAAUCAAAUAGUAAAAUAUUGCUCUCGAAGAUGCAAAUAUCAAGCUUAGCAAAGAGUGCGAUGAAUUCUAAGAGGCUGCACUUUAAGGUGAGAGAAUAAAAUAGAAAACAAAAGCCCUUAUAGAAGAAGCUGAAAAAAAAGUCAGUGAAUUUGAAAAGGCAAAAUAUGAUCAAACAAUCCAAGAGCUUAAUAUACUAAAAAACCAAAACGUUAAUUACAACAACCAAAUAAAAGCUUAUUUGGAAGAAAUUAAUAGCAAGGACUAGCAAAUUUUAAAUUUAAGAAGAGAAUUGAAAAAUUUGAAGAGGAGAUAGGAAGGCCCUGAGUUUAAUGAAAAUAAAUGGGAAUAAGAUUAAAAGGAAUAAAAUGAAACUGAGAAUUCAUACAAAAAGAAAUUAGAAGCUGAGAGACAAAAGUUCUCACAACUCAGUGAAAAGAUGGAUAACAUCUUGGCUGAAAAUAGAGUUUUGAGAAGACUUGCACAAGUCCCUGAGAAUUAUGGUUUUAACUUGGAAGAAAUUAAAAUCGCUGAAAUGCAUCAAAUCGAAGAUUAUAAGGCUUAAAAUAGAACCUUAGAAAAACUUAAUGAGGAGCUUGAAGCGGAGCGUCUUCAAUUGAGAAAUAGAUUGAGAACUCUCUCUAACCUCUAUGAUCAACGUCCUAAAGGUGAACGUUAUAAAAAUCUCACCAAGGAAUAAUUGGAGAAGUUAGAUCAGUAUGUAGCAGAUCAUAUUAUUAAUUAGCUUCCUAAUACAAAAAUGCAUGGAGAUUCUUCUAAGAUGCACGAAAAGGAUAUGAUUAUUAAGGACUUACAAGAAAGACUAAAAUAAUACGAAAGGGAUUCCAACUUUAGAAAUGAUAGUACAUACAUGGCUUCUCAUAUUCCAGCUUCUCACUAUAAUGCUGAUGAUAUUAAGAAUCUUACAUUUUAGAAUGAGUAGCUCAAAUAGAUGCUAGCUAAAGUUAACGAACUACUCGAAGAAAUAAAAAAGAAUGGAGGAAGAUAUCCUGCUGAUAAGUAGUAACAAGGAAAUCCUGAAUAAAUUGCUAGAUUAUAAGGAAACUAGUCUAACUUAGCCAGACCACCUUAACCUAUGCCUGGAUCUUUUGGUGAUUGGGAAGAUAUUUCACAAGUUAAGAGCUUCAAAUUCAAACAAAUGAUACCUGCUGAUAUCUUUGAGUUGUACUCUGGAGUAGGUUUCGAUACAGUUUUGGCUAAAUAUUAAAUUGCAUAACUUUAAGUUAUGAAUUUAGAAAGUAUGAAAAUGCUUAAAGUAAAGGAAGAAGAAUAUAAAAAUAUGGAAAUGGAGGUUGAAGAAAUGAAAAGACAACUAUAAAAUUGUCUGCGUGUUUAAGAUAAUUUAUAUGAAAAAUACUAUGAAGAAACAACAAAGUUAAAAGAAAAUAUUAAAAUUUAUGACUCGUAAUUAGGAGAUAAAACUGCGGAAGUUUAAAAAUUAAAAGAAGAACUGAAUGAAUAUAAAAAAAUGAAUGAACUUCAUAUGAAAAAUGAUAAAAAUUUGUAACUAUAAAAAAUAGCAGAAUUAACACAUAAAAUUUCAAAAUUAGACGUGACUUUAAUUAAGAUAUCAAGAAAGUAUUCAUGUUUGUAGGACGAAUACAACGAGCUCAGUGAGUCAUAUAAAAAUAUGAAUGUUGACUUUAGAAAUAAAGAAGAACAGCUUAUAUAAAAAAUUCAUAGUUUAUUAGACUGGAAGAAGAAGGCUUCCCAUUACCUUAAGGUACUGCUUUAAGAAUGUUAAAACUCCGUCUCUAAGUCUAAGCACAACAUUUUAAGAAAUAAGUUUGAAAAAUCAUAAGAUGAUCUUGCCAAUAUAAAGGAAAAGAAUACUGCUCUUCUCUCCUAAAUAUAAAAAUUAAAAAAUUAUGAAAGAGAAUUAGAUGAGAGAAACACUAAGAUAAGAAUUAUGGAAGAUGAAAUGGUUGAGUUACAACUAGAAACUGAAUUAAUCAAGAAAAUGCUUGAAAUGUCAGACUAAAGCUUUAGGAGAUAUCAGUAAGCAAUGCAAAAAUUAGUUUAGAAAAUGUAACAAAAAAAUAUUUCUCCUAUGCAAGUAUUUGCUUAAAUUGAUGAUAAUAGAGAUGGUGAACUCAAUCCAUCAGAAUUUUAGCUAGCUAUGAGAAAACUUAAGGUAGAUUUCAGCAAUCAAGAGAUAGAAAUUCUGUUUAGAUUUAUGGACUUCGAUGGUAACAACAAAAUUGAUUUAAAAGAAUUUUCAAGAAAAAUGAGGAGAUAAGGACUAACAAUAAGAAAAUCAUAGGAAUAAGUAAUUUUCACUUUGUGGGAAAAAAUGUAGCAAGCAGGUUUAAGCAUUAGUGAUGCUUUCUAAGCUUUUGAUAAAGAUCGCAGCGGUGAAGUUACUAAGGAUGAAAUGCUAGUUACUCUGCAAUCUCUUAUUAAAGACAUAGAAGCUGAUACAGUAGAUUAUGUUUUUAAGAUUGCUGAUACUUCUGGAGACGGAAAAAUCACAUAUAGUGAAUUCCACGCACUCUUUGAAAAUAUAAUAUAAGAUGUCAUGAGAUAAUAAAUAUUAAUGAAUGUAGAGGAGUUGAGCUGGUAAAAGCAAUUAGUUUUAAAAAUUGAUGAAGCUAUACAUUAGCAAGGCUAAUAUAUUAAAGAUUUAUACAAUUACAUUGAUAACAGUGGAGAUGAAAAAAUAUCUUUAAAAGAAUUUAAAGGCUUAUUUGAAAACCUCAAAGUUGAUAUAAGUGAUGAAUAAAUUAAGUAAUUGUUCCGUGAUAUAGAUAAUGAUAGCAAUGGCUACAUUGAAUACAAUGAGCUUUUGAACUACAUUAAAUAAGCAACAGUUGAGAAAAAUAAAAUAUAAAAAAUGAAGAAAAUCAGUGAUAAAAUUAAAGAAAUGCAAAAGUAGCAUACAAGCUAUGAUAAUGUUGAAAACUAAGAUAUACAAGCACUACCUAAAGAGGCUCGUCUGGAAAUGAAGAUAAGUUUAAUGGAAAUCAAAGAAAAGAACCUUCUUAAUAGAUGCGACACUUUGAUGUAUUCUCUCAACUUGUCAAAGAAAGAAAAUGCAAGAAUUCAACUUCAAUUAAAUGAGAGAGAAGGUGAAAUUCUCAGUAUUAUGAAAAAAUACAAUGAAGCUCAAAGAUUGAAUUAUAAAUAUUUAAAUAUCAUUUAAGGAAGUGAAACCAAAUUUAGAGCUAAAUAAAUUCAUAAUUUAAAUAAGAGAGUUCUCAAGGAAAAUGUUGAAUUGAGAAGCUAAAAUAGAAUUCUUAAAGAUUUGCAUGAGUUCUCAAGUAACUAAGUCAAGGAUUUAUUGAUUACCUUAGAGAGAAAGAAAUUCGAAACCGAGCAUCUACAUGAAACAAUUAAAGAUCUUCAAUCUUUAUCUGACGAGAAGGCUGUUGUUGGUAAACUUUAACACUCUCUUAUGGUUUCAAGGUUUAAUUAGGCUUAAACCAAUAUUAAAUACGAUAAUCUUAUCCAUGACUAUGAAAAGUAAUAAUAUGAAGUGCAAAUAUUGGAACAUGAAUUAGCUGAAAGCAAAGAUGAUGCCAUUGAAACUCGUGAAAUUUUACGUUAAAAGAUUACUGAGUAUGAGGACUUAAUUACAGAUUUAAGAUCUAGAAUACUUCCAACUAUCAACAUGAGUAAAAUAGAUGAAAUGUACUCUCGUAUUAAUGAAUUAUCAUCAAUGAAAAUGAAUUUAGAAAUAUAAAAUAAGAAACUUAGAGAUGAAAAUCAUGAAUUAGCUAUUAAGUGUGAUUAUUUCGAAGCUCUUGAAUAACAAUUCGACACACUCAAAAGAGAUCUUUAAAAUGAAUAUCCUGAUGAACUCCACUAAAGAAUUAUAGAAUUAUCUAUGCAGGUUUCUGAAUAGAGACUUCUAGAAAUGAAGGCUAAGAGAGACUAAGAAUUAGCUAAAGAAAAGGAAGAAUAUUUCUCAAGAAUAACUAGGUAACAUUUAGAGCAUGUUAAGUAAUUAGAAAACGAACUUGAAUAAGUCAACAAAAAAUUCAAUGACAGAGAAUAGUUCUGGCGUUAAAAACAUUAAGAAGCUAUGGAAAUGGUUAUGAAUGACAAAGUGGCUAAAGACAAAGAGGAGGAAACCUUACUAAAAUUGAGAAGAGAUGCAGGCAAAACAAAUAAACUGGUUGGUGUCGUUAGAAUGAACAAGGACACACCAUAACCAAAGACACCAGGUCAAAAGAUUGAAAGUGGAGAGGAAACAGAGGUUAUUUCAGAAUUAAAACAAUAAUUGCAAUUAGCUAAGGAUAUUGAAAUGAAGUUAAAAGAUGAAAACGAUAGGUUAAGCAAAUAGCUUAAAGAGCUUAAUUAUUAGAUUAAGAGAUCUAAUAACGAAUAUCAACCAUCACGUGUCUAAUAAGCUUAAAUUUUCAAUGAAGAAGGAGAAAAAUUAGCUUAGGCUGCUUAAAAGACUAUAAGCACUCUACAAAGUAUAAUAGAUGAUAAAAAUCAUGAAAUAGAAAGAAAAGAUUUACUUAUUGAAAAGAUGAAGAGAGACUAUCGUAUCGAAAAAGAAAAAGAUUCUUAAGAAAUUCGCCGUUUGAUUGCUUAAAUUAAUCUUGCACCUAAUUCUAUUUCAGCACAAAAUCCAAGUAUGGUUGUUUAAAGCAGCUCCCAUUUCAAUAAUAAUUAAUAUUGGGAUGAUGUUGGAAAUACUUUAGACCAAAAAGAUAGACAAAUAGAAUAGUUGAAUAAUAUGAAGGACAACCUUGAAGUAAAGCAAAAAACAUUAGAAGCUAAAAUAGUUGAACUUGAGUAAAAGAUUAGAUAAUUAGAAGAUGAGCUCAUUUUAGAAAGAAGAAACAAUCAAACACAAGAACUUGAGGCUAAAGUAGCAAGCUUAGACAAACUCUUGAAGAAGAGAGAUAAAGAUAUUUUGGAGAUCAAGAGAUAACAAACUGAUUUAGCAAAUGACUAUAAGAAGGCAAUAGAACAAAAUUUGGAAAAGGAAGAUUAAUAUAGAGACAAAGUUUUGUAAGUUAAAAAAGACAAUAAAGAGUUAAGCAAUAAAGUAGACCAAUAAAAGAAAGAUAAUGAGAAACUUGAAUUGGAAAUGAAAGAAGCUAUAAAAACAAUCAGACAAUUAAAGCAAUAGCUAUCAUCUACAAGAAGCGAUGUCGAUUAACUCCAGAUAUAAGAAUCUAAGUCAAUCAAGGAAUCUUAAAAAGAAAAAAUUAAAUUAGGAGGAAGGGUAGAAUCAGAGAGUUAAAAUAUUGCUGUGAUAGAUAUGAAAAAGCUUUUAAAUAAAGAGAAGGCUGAAAAAGAAAAAGUACUUGAAACUCUUAAAAAGUUAGAAGUUGAAAAGAAAGAACUCUUAGAAAAGAUUGAAUUUAUCAAAAAGCAGGGAUUAAAAUCUGAUGACUUAUUUGAUGAAGAAAACUUCCUUAAGCCAUAUAAAAAAUCUGAUUUCUAAAAUGCAGAAGAUGUUGCCUUCCAAAUAAGAAGAUUUGUAAAGGAAAAUCCAUCAUUUAAUUUAAUCUAAGAAUUAAAGAAUAGCUAAGAAAAAUAAAGUGGAAAUAUUACAGUUGGAAAUUUAAAAAAGCUAUUCGAUAAAUAUGAUUUAAAGAUAAGACAAGAAGAUUAUAAUUUAUUGACAAAGCCUGUUUAAGCAACAACCUCCCAAGGAAUGAAGUCAACUCUAAGUGGAGACUAGUAGCCUCUGAAUAUAAUUAAAUUGUUUUAUUUAAUUAACAAUGUCAAUUCAACUGAGAUCUAAUCAGAGUAGCAAAUAGAUGUUGACGUUAAAGGAAAGGGAGAUAUUCCUAAUAUUGACAGAAGCGAUGGAUUCAAGCCAUAAGCUACUAAAGAGAAGUUCGGACCAGCUUCUACUAUACAAGCCUCUAAUAAAAUUUAAGAAGAUCUUUAGAAGAGAAAUGAUAUGCUUAAAGCUUAAUUAAGCAAUAUCAAGGAUGAAAAAGAUAAGAUUUAGAAAUAAUUGAAUCUAAAGUCUGAACAAUGCAAGUCUCUUGAAACAUAACUUAAGAAGUAAAUGAAUAAAACAGGUUUAGAAAUGACUCCUUUACACAGACAAAGUUCUGGACAGAAUCAAAGUCAAUAAGCAGAAGCCGUGAGUGAGCUUAAAGAUAUGAUAUUCGAACUUGAAGAUGAAAAGAAUACUCUAAAUCAACAUUUAAGAACUAAAGAAUUAGAAUUAAAGAAAGUCAAAGAAGAAAAGACUAAGUUAGAAGAAUAAUUAAAGGAGCUUAAGAUCCAUAACUUAAAAUUAAAUAAUCAAAUUGAUUCCCUUUCUCAAACUAAGAUUCAUCCAGAUGACUUAAAGCAAAACAUUAUACUAGAAAAAGAUCUUUUAAUUAAAGACUUAAAAGACAAGUUAGAUAAAUAGAGAAGAGAAGAAUAAAAUCUCAUCGAUUAAUUAUAUAACAUUGAAAGAGAUAAUAAAGAAUUAAAAUUCGCUAAAGAGCAAUUCGAUGUUCAAGUGCAAAGACUUAACAGAAGAAUAGGAGAACUUGAAGAAAGUAAAAGAUCUGGUUCUCUAAACAAAUUCCAAGCUGCUGGAUAGGGAAAUAGCACUCUAAAGAAAGUGCCAAGCAGAAAAUGA